UUUAAAGGCAGGAGUAAUGACUGUAUGGUUUGAACACCUGCUUCAGGAUUGAAGUGGUUGUAAAUAUUUAUUAUUAUACUUGAAGGUGUUAAGUGUCUUGGUGUGUUAUUGCAGCAUUAUCACCGCUGCACAGUUGGAUCGUUCCGGUGAAGCCGAUUGCUGAAAUGCCACGCAGGCAGGCAGGGGCUGAGUGGAUGAGACGCCGUGAAGCAGAAAGGGGCAUCGCCACAUCAUUGCACGGGUGAGAGGGGGGGGGGGCAGCCUGUAUUAAGGUCAAGGAAAUAAAUGGUCAAUAAAAUGAGGAAACUCUUUCGAGGCAGCGGCAGGAUCCUAGCGAUUAUUUUUGCCGCCUCGAUUAUCUGGUUGAUCUUUGACAUGGCAGCGCUACGGUUUUCCUUCACCGAGAUCAACAGCAGAGUUUCCAGGGAAGAGCUGGUACGGCUGGAGCGACUGAGGGCGAAGGUGCUACAAGACCAGGAGCUGCACAAGAUGUUCAGAAAACGGGCCGGAGGCGUUUACGGGCUUGCCGAGGAGGGGGACUCAGGGCGGUGGGCUCGCCAUGGAAACCGCUCCGUCCCGGCCGAAGAUUCUGCGGCUGAAGCCGCCGAAAGGCUGCAGGCGGCCGGCGGGCGGCACAUUGACGGGAGGCGGGCGAAACAUCGCGUGCGACUGGGCACGCGCCCCCCGACCAACGGCCGCGCUCUCUACCUGCCCCCCGGAACAUUCUGGAACCGGCCAACGGCUCCCCAGUCUCGACACCGCGGAGAUGGCGGCCGCCUCCACACGCUUGCAUGGCGGCCCCGGCCGGCACUCGCAGCUUCCCACCCCGCCCCACUACCUGGGAAGGUAUCCGACGUACGGAGGCCCGAUCUCAGCAAGCCCUUUCAGCACCCCCCAACAGGGGCGAAAGUCAUGGUCCAAUCGGUGACUCCUGCUGGUCAAAAGUCGCAGCUUCAGCCCGACCAACGGGGCAGGUCGGCCAAAGGAAGCCGGCAACAAAGCGUGAAGCCGGCGGAAGAAAAGCCCGAUAGCGACCGCACAGUAGAGGCCACCCCAGGCUCCCCACUUCACCCAGUCCCCUUACCAACUGAAGCAGCAGCAAACACUGAAAACACCGCGCUGGGAGAAUGGCUCAAGGUCGAUUCAUCUGCCGUGGCAAUCGAACCAAAUACAGUGGCUAUACCGGUCAAUGAUACAGUAAAACAAUCCAAUGGGAAAACAGCCCCCACUUUUAAAGUUUGGAACGGAACAAAAAAUGAAUCCGCCACUAUCAAUGGCAUAAAGGGUCUUGUAUUAAAACAGGCUGAAUUUAAGACUGUUGUAAGCGGUUUAUUAACCAAUGCCACAAAGGCACAGACUGAACUUGAAAUUAACGAAACGGCAAUGAACAAUUUAAUUAAAAAUCAGACGUAUGCCAUUGAGGAAAGCGAUUUUUCGAAAGAUAUUACGAUGGAAGCAACUCUUAAAAUCAACGAAACAAACGAAUUACAGAGCGAUAGCAAUAUUCUAAACUAUUCAUUUACUCAUUUAGAUUCUGUUGUCGGAGUGCAUAAAGUUUUGGGCAUUGAUAUAACCAUAUCCCCUCGUGAUUCCAAAGCCGUUGGUCAGUUUGGGCAUCGAGCAAUUGUGCCAAAAGAACAUGAAAAAUUAGCAAAGGAGAAAUGGAACGAGGGACAUUUCAACGUGUAUCUCAGUGACAUGAUUCCUCUGGACAGGGCUAUUCCGGAUACCAGACCAGAAGGGUGUUCCAACCAGGUAGUUCACAACAACCUUCCAACGACCAGCAUCAUCAUGUGCUUCGUGGAUGAAGUGUGGUCCACACUUCUGAGGUCAGUUCACAGCAUCUUCAACAGAUCACCAGCUCAUCUCAUUAAAGAGGUUAUCCUUGUGGAUGAUUUUAGCACCAAAGAAUAUCUGAAAGAAAAUUUAGACAAAUACAUGUCACAAUUCCCAAAAGUUCAUGUUAUUCACCUCCGUGAACGUCAUGGUUUAAUACGAGCCAGACUUGUAGGUGCGGCUGUUGCUACAGGUGAUGUGCUGACAUUUUUGGACUCCCAUGUUGAAUGCAAUGUUGGCUGGCUGGAGCCACUUCUAGAAAGAAUCUAUUUAAAGCGAACAAAAGUAGCUUGUCCUGUGAUUGAAAUCAUUAAUGAUGAGGAUAUGAGCUAUGUAGGAGUAAGUAGUUUUCUACGGGGAGUAUUUACCUGGCCCAUGAAUUUUGAGUGGAAGGCGAUACCUGAUGAAGUUAUUAAAAAAUAUAAUCUAAAAGAAAUGGACCCAAUUAGGUGUCCAAUAAUGGCAGGAGGAUUAUUUUCCAUUGAUAAGAAAUAUUUUUACGAAUUGGGUACUUACGAUGCAGGUUUGGAGGUCUGGGGUGGAGAAAACAUGGAGCUGUCAUUUAAGGUCUGGAUGUGUGGAGGAGAAAUUGAGAUUAUCCCAUGUUCAAGAGUGGGCCAUAUUUUCCGUGAUGGCAAUCCAUACUCAUUUCCAAAAAACAGAAUUAAGACAGUAGAGCGGAAUCUGGCCCGUGUAGCAGAAGUUUGGCUGGAUGAAUACGUUGAUGUUUUCUAUGGUCAUGGUUACCACCACCUUCUUAACGCAAAUAAUAUUGAAUUUAAUAUUGGAGACUUAAGGAAACAGAAGGAACUCCGGAAAAAACUCCAAUGUGAGAGCUUUAAGUGGUACUUAGAAAAUGUCUACCCUGAUUUACGGACAUCAUUAGUGAGAAGUGAUGGCUUGCUUUUUAAUGUUGGAACAAGAAAAUGUCUUGCUGUUGGAAAUGGCACAUUUUCAUUUGAACUGUGUGACAUUAGUAAAAAGAAUCAACAUUUUAGUCAUUCAUGGUUAAGACUAAUUAAACAGAUGGAUAUGUGCAUUGCUGUAUUGGAUGUGAAUCAGGUGUUGGGGAUGAAACCCUGUGAUAAAAAGAACAAUAAUUUAAGGUGGCUGCAUCGGUCCUUUACAGAUGAAUCAACAUUGAUGGAUCAUAUUCUUUGGGAGAUGUCUCAGUUUCCUGUGUGUUUGGAAGGAAAUCCAUUUGGAAACAUCUUGACAAUAAAUUCCUGUGAUCCAGUCAACAGUCACCAAAAAUGGAAAUUCACCAACUAUUAUGAAGAUUGAAGGAGGUAGCAACAAUGAUAGUGUCACAAGCAUUUUCAAAGCAUUGUGAUUGAAACUAUAUAUGAUCAGAUGGAUGCCAAGAUCAGUGAAUAUUAAACGAAGGACAUCGAGCCAUUCUAAAUAAUGUGCAAAUAUCUUUUAAAGAGCAAAUGUUUCCAGGUGGGAUCCUGAAAGAACUGGAACACAGGGGUUGAGUAAUACUUGGCUUCAAACAGAGGCAAAUAGUUUUCUGCUCUUACAGAAAAGUCAAAUCUUAUUUUGGUUUGAUCUACAAAGGUGGUGUAUUUUUCUACCUUGUUUUUUAGAAAACUGUGGAAAAUAAUUUAUUGUAACAAAACAAAUGUUAAUCUGUGAAUUAAUGUAAUUUGGACACUUUCCCUUUGUUAAGUGCCUUUAAAACUUUUUCUUUCAUAUUUAUAU